CUGGCUCCUGGCUCCAAUAAACCCGGGCUAAGAGCGCCCUGGGCUCGCCUCCUUCUCCAAGGCGAUCAAUAGGAUCUCAGGCGCACUCCAAGUCCUCUCUUACGUAGACACCCAACAAGGAGAGAGCCGAUACAACAACACGCUUGAUCUGCUCCAACACAAAAAAAAAAAAAAUUCUACCUGCUUUCUGAAUCAUGUCGUUGAGCCCAAAGCACACAACGCCUUUUUCAGUGACAGACAUUUUGAGUCCAAUCGAGGAGACCUACAAGAAGUUUAGUGCCAUGGACGGCGCGGGGAACCUGGGCUCUCCGCUGGGAGCCUACAGACAGUCGCAGGUGUCUCAGGGCGGCAUGCAGCAGCACUCCAUGGGCCACAACGGCGGCGUGGCGGCCGCCUACCACAUGCCGCACUCCGUGUCCCAGUUCUCCCACAGCGCCAUGGGGGGAUACUGCAAUGGGAGCAUUGGCAACAUGGGCGAGCUGCCGUCCUACCAGGAGAGCAUGAGGAAUAGUGCCGCAGCAACAGGCUGGUACAGCGCCAACCCUGAUCCAAGAUACUCCACCAUUUCUAGAUUCAUGGGACCUUCCACAGGUAUGAACAUGGCGGCUAUGGGGGGUCUCACGGGGAUGGGAGACGCUUCCAAGUCCAUGCCGGCCCUGCACGCUGCGCCUCGGAGGAAGCGGCGGGUUCUCUUCUCGCAAGCUCAAGUCUACGAGCUGGAGAGGAGGUUCAAGCAGCAGAAGUACUUGUCGGCGCCGGAGAGGGAGCACCUGGCCAGCAUGAUCCACCUGACGCCGACUCAGGUGAAGAUCUGGUUCCAGAACCACCGGUACAAAAUGAAGCGCCAAGCUAAGGACAAGGCAGCGCAGCAGAUGCAGCAGCAACAGCAGCAGCAACAGCAACAGGACGGGACCAUGUGCCAACAGCAGGCCCAGUCCCCGAGGCGCGUAGCCGUACCGGUUCUGGUCAAGGACGGCAAACCGUGUCAGAACGCCUCCAACACGCCGACGCCGAACCAACAAGCCGUGCAGCAGAACCAACAGAACCAACAGCAGAAUGGGGCCGGAGUGGUGCUGGGCCAGCACCAGAACCAACAGCAGGUAAACGAUUUGGACCUGGAGGAGAUGUCGCCCAGCCCCCCCUCGCUUCACAGCCAGCUCAGCAUGGCCCAAAUAGACACUUCUGCUGUAGAUUACACCAGUAACAUGGUCAGCUCGAACCUCCUCUACGGCAGAACGUGGUAGGACCCAGUGCAGUCACUUUUUCUAUCAACCUGAGGAUGAUGAGCCCAUUCCACACACGCCUAUAGACGUCAAAUAUGGUCCGAUAGAAUAAGACAAACGUGAGGCCCCCGCCGGCCGCCACGGGCUGCGCACAUGCACAAGAGUACCAGCUGAUCAGGGCACAUUUUCUUGACAUCUCUAAAGAAGGGAGUCUAUUUUUGAGCAUUACACAUACGGCUGGCCCUUGAAAAGCAAUCAAGACGCUUUGGACCCCUUUUGUAAUCUUUUGGACCUCCCUCAUGAUGUUUUAAUGUUUGUCUAUGUUUGGAGGGGGGGUCGAUAGGGAGCUGAAGUCACCAAUUUUGUCAUAUGGAUAUUGUAAACUAAUGUAUUCAAUUAGAAUUCUUAAACGAAUUAGGGGACAUGUACAUUUGGCUAACACAAGAAUACGUUUAAUUGUAUAAUAAUUGUUAUUUGCGUCCACUUUUAUGUUUCCAUUAUUCUUUUGUAAGUUAAAACGAUCAAAUGGAGCUGCUGUAUAUGUUUCAGAUCCAAGUGAACAAUAAGAAUAAAUAACUUGAAGUGUGACAGCGAUUUCUGAGGAAGUUUUUUUGUUUUUUAAGGUAUCUGUUUUGAAGUGCAUUUUCAUUAUGUUGAGAUUGUGACCAAAUUGAGAAGGAAAGCAAGGUCGAUGAGGGAGCCAGUAUUGUUCGGGUGACAUUUUGGAGGGCUGUCUUUUAUGCUGGAUGUCUGCAAAUAUCCAAGACUAGAAAAUACCCCUUUAAAAACAUUAACAAUCAUUAAGCAAAAGAAAAAAAAAUCUUGUCUGAUGUAUACGUCUAUAGUUUUUUUCUCUUUCUUCGCUUUUACCUUGUUUUAACGUCCCAUCUUUUGCCGCAGUCUAAUUGGACAAUUUGUUUGUGAAUGCGACCUCCGGUUCACAAUUUCUAUUUAUUUAUAUUUGAUGAAACAAACUCAAUAGAUCUCAGUUAUUUUUAAAGUAAUAUAUUAAAAUGUUGAUUGCUAAAUAAUAGAAAAUACAUUUUUAAUAUCCAGUGAGCAAAUUAAAUUGAUGUAAAAAUAAAUAGACAUUACUUUUGCUUAAAUCUGAGCUGUACUGAAUUUGAGCAUGAAUGAGCCUGCAUAACCGAUAUGUAGUUUAUCAGCUAAUAAUUAUAAUCAUAAUAAUAAAAUUGUAUUUUGUCUUUUU